AUGUCUUCCUUAAGUGGGAAAGUCCAAACGGUCCUGGGCCUUGUGGAGCCCGGCACACUAGGUCGCACCCUGACCCACGAACAUUUGACAAUGACCUUCGACUGCUGUUACUGCCCACCUCCUCCAAGCCAUGAAGUUAUCUCCAAGGAGCCUAUUGUAAUGAAAAAUUUAUUUUGGAUCCAGAAAAACCCUUAUUCCCAUAAAGAGAAUCUGCAGCUGAAUCAGGAGACAGAAGCCAUCAAGGAAGAACUGUUAGAUUUUAAAGCCAAAGGUGGAGGAGCUUUGGUGGAAAACACAACCACUGGUCUCAGCCGGGACGUGCGGACCUUGAAGCGGCUUGCGGAAGAGACGGGCGUCCACAUCAUCGCUGGCGCUGGCUUUUAUGUGGAUGCGACUCACUCCUCAGAGACCAGAGCCAUGUCAGUGGAGCAGCUUACUGAUGUCCUUGUUAAUGAAAUUCUCUGUGGAGCUGAUGGAACCAGUAUCAAGUGUGGCGUUAUUGGGGAAAUUGGUUGCUCCUGGCCUCUGACUGACAGUGAAAGAAAGGUUCUGCAGGCAACAGCUCACGCCCAGACUCAGCUUGGCUGUCCUGUUAUUAUUCAUCCCGGAAGGAAUCAAAGUGCUCCAUUUCAGAUUAUCCAAGUGUUGCAAGAAGCUGGAGCAGACAUCUCCAAAACAGUUAUGUCACACAUCGAUAGGACUAUCCUUGAUAAGAAGGAACUACUGGAGUUUGCUCAACUUGGCUGUUACUUGGAAUACGAUCUCUUUGGUACUGAACUUUUUCAUUAUCAGUUCAACCCAGAUAUUGACAUGCCCUGUGAUAAUAAAAGAAUUAAAAGGGUGAGACUUCUGGUGGAUGAGGGCUACGAGGAUCGAAUUCUGAUGGCACACGACAUACAUACAAAGAAUCGGCUGACGAAAUAUGGAGGUCACGGCUAUUCCCAUAUCCUCACCAACAUUGUUCCUAAAAUGUUGCUGAGGGGGAUAACUGAGGGUGCACUUGAUAAGAUACUGAUUGAGAACCCCAAGCAAUGGCUAACUUUCAAAUAG